AAAAUGAUCCACUGAUUCAGAUUUGAGCGCCACCGACACACAUCUCUCUCUAGAUCCUCCACCGGUUUCUAUGGGGUCUCUUCCGCCGCCGCCCUCGUUGUCGUCGGACCUCCUCCACCCACAUUCCUCUACCAAACCAACCACCCCAUCCCAAUCCCCAAUUGACGAAACUACCCUCCUAAACCUGUUCAAAUCCCAACAGAGCCACCUCAACUUCUUCUUCCAGCACCUCGACCUCUCCCAGACCCUCUCCUUCACCCGCACCCUCCUCCGCUCCUCCGGCACCAUCUUCUUCUCCGGCGUCGGCAAGUCCGGCUUCGUCGCCAACAAGAUCUCCCAGACCCUCGUCUCCCUCGGCAUCCGCUCCGCCUUCCUCUCCCCCCUCGACGCCCUCCACGGCGACAUCGGCAUUCUCGCCGCCGCCGACGUCCUCGUCCUCUUCAGCAAGUCCGGCAACACCGACGAGCUCCUCCGCCUCGUCCCCUGCGCCAAGGCCAAGGGCGCCUUCCUCAUCUCCGUCACCUCCGUCGACGGCAAUGCCCUCGCCUCCGUCUGCGACAUGAACGUGCAUUUGCCCUUGGAGAGGGAGCUCUGCCCCUUCGAUUUGGCUCCGGUCACCUCCACCGCCAUCCAGAUGGUCUUCGGCGACACCGUCGCCAUCGCCCUCAUGGGCGCCAGAAACCUCACCAAGGAGCAAUACGCCGCCAAUCACCCCGCCGGUCGGAUCGGAAAGUCCCUCAUCUUCAAGGUGAGAGAUGUGAUGAAGAAAGAAGAGGAGUUACCGGUGUGCAAGGAAGGGGACAUGAUAAUGGAGCAAUUGGUGGAGCUAACAAGCAAGGGAUGUGGCUGCUUGCUUGUGAUCGACGACGAGCAUCAUCUGAUAGGGACAUUUACCGAUGGAGAUCUCCGGCGGACUCUCAAGGCGAGCGGAGAGGCCAUCUUCAAGCUCACAGUUGGGGAAAUGUGCAACAGGAACCCGAGGACUAUUGGGCCGGACGCAAUGGCUGUCGACGCCAUGCAGAAAAUGGAAGCUCCUCCUUCCCCUGUGCAGUUCUUGCCUGUCAUCGAUGAGAAGAAUGUAGUGAUUGGCAUUGUCACUCUGCAUGGAUUGGUUUCGGCUGGCCUUUGAUAUAUAGAUCAUACUCGUGCUCCUUGUCUAUGUGCAUUCUUGUGUUUAGCAUUUGUAUUCAUUGUGAUUGAUGAUGAAUGAUGAUGAUUCUUUGUAUACUAAAAUUUGAAGCCGCCUCUAAUUUCGUUGGGUGCUACGGUUCGUUUGUACUACUGCUACUAUUCUUUUUGGUGUUGUAGAUGGACGGGAGUUAUGAUUCCUUGUAUGUCUUCACUAUCUGGUUGCAAUUACACCAGUAUUAAUAUACCAUAUUUCAGUGCCAGAUUUCAUUUGA